UUAAAUGACUCCGGUGCAUUAACACGGCCAACUUAGAUCGAAACACUCAAUAUGGCUGCAAGUCAUUGUUUCGAUAGAAUCGCUUCAAACGAUGAUGUGAUGAUUUACAUUUAUAACUUUUUGAACUUUGGCGAUCAACUGAGACUGGCAAAAGUCAAUGCAGAUCUGGGCCGAAUAUUUCGCCAUCACAUAUGGCCAAUGGAUUAUGACCAAUUGAAGCUCAUUGAGUUCGAUGACGUAUACAUAGUAUCGAACGGAACAACGGACACAGAUCGUAAAUUGCUUCCGACACGUUUUGAUCUCUUGUCAUUUCUGCAUUUUUAUGGCGACAGUGUGAGCGAAUUAUCUACAGACCUCACGGUGCUGCCAGUGUCAUUUCUACGAAAUGUUGUCAAUUAAAUUGCCAUGUAGCGAACGGCGGCGGUUCCAUUGGUGAGCUAGUAAGUAGAUUGCCAGAUCUAGAGGAUCUACAAAUGGAUUUUGAUGAGGAUCAGCCAGGGGCAAAAAUCCAGAUAUUGUUACGCCUUGUAAAACUGAAAACACUACGACUACGACAUAUUACUGUUUCGUUGAAAGCUUUUUGGAAAAUUGCCACUCAACUUCCUUUGGAAAUUUUGGAGUUAGGGCUUUCCCCGCAGAUAUCAGCACGCUCACAUUCUCUUAAGCCUCAUGGCCAAAAUUCCGCCCUUAGGGAACUAACCAUAAGCGAACAGCGUAUUGAUAAUAAAAUGCUUACGCUUUUGAGUAAGUUUGAAAAUCUGGAAGUGUUAACCAUUUCAUUACGAGGUAGAUUCUCAAGUGAAAUGCUGGCUCUACAAAAACUCAACCGGUUGACAAUAGAAUACAGCGAUUUUAGCUUAAUGUCCUACCUAAAGUUACCACCAAAUCUUGAGACACUCCACCUGAGACAUUGUGCGGAACUAUCCCUUGACGAAUUACAACAAUUCCUGCAUGAGCAUUCCAAGCCCCGGCUAAUUGAAUUUGUCUCUGUCGGAACUCCGUUUGGAAUUAAAACAAUUCGAGAUAUACAAAUUUCCUCCCAUCUACAGAGGCUCGACAUCGAAGGCCUUGAUAUGGACCAAUUUCGUGAGCCAUUUGCAAAGAAUUCUGCAUUACAGAAUCUCUCAUUACACCCGAGUACAGGUUUUAUCAUCGGCAUUAAUUUCAUAACGAUUCGCUCACUUAAGUUUUGCCAAAACCUGCACACCCUCGAUAUGGCUGGCCAACAUUUGGCGUUGGACACCCUUCUAAAUUUACGGAAUUUACAGAGAAUAUCUCUUCAUCUCAUCCUGCCAAAUCAAUGGUUUUAUUUAAUGAGCAUAUUGCAAGAAUUGCCUUUAUUACGGUACAUAAAAGUCCAACAAAUCAGGUCUUCGGACUCAAUACCACCGCCACCCGUCAUGACAAACAUUGAAAAUCUCAUGAUUUUCAAUUUGGUAUCAUGCGAUGAAGCGACACUAGGUUUCUGGUUCGAUAUGUUCUCCAUCAAUCCGCAACUGCAAUUGCAUCUGUCCGUCCACCUGGAGAGUUGUACGGAUGUCCAUCGUCUAAUCCAUCAUGAGAAAUUCCCAAAACUUUUGCGGAAAAUACAAAUAUGUGGAUUUACACUGGACUGCAGAAAAUUGAGGAGCGACUUCGACGCAACUAUGAGUAGUAUCAAAUAUACUAUAAUAGAUUAUUCACGACAAUACCCUGCAGAAUUAAAAUGCAAUGUGAUAUUAUCCAGAAAUAAAGUUUGAAUUCUCCAAAAACA